UUUUCAAAGUCUCGCGAUGUUCUAUCUGUGUUCUCGCGGGAUUUAGUCUGGUGGCAUCGCAGUGAAGACGCGCCCUGCAGUCUUUCCGCGCGAGGCGUCCAGGAGAGCACACCGCCGUCAUGGUGCUUUUACAUGUAUUGUACGAGCACGCGUCAGGAUAUGCCUUGUUUAUUGUCAAAGAGGUGGAGGAGAUCAGCAUGCUACUCCCUCAGGUGGAGGGUUGUGUGCUGAGUCUGGCAAAGUUCAACAGUAUGGUGAGCCUGGCUGCUUUUUUCCCCUUCAAGUCAGCUCAGGGUGCCCUGGAGAACAUAAAUGCCAUAUCUGAAGGUAUUGUACAUGAAGACCUGAAGUUGUUUAUUGAGACAAACCUUCCUCGCUCUGGCAAGAAGAAAGCUGUGCUUGGCGUAGGAGAUGCCAAAAUUGGAGCUGCCUUGCAAGAAGAAUUUGGUGUUUCCAUCCAGACAAGUGGCGUUGUGGCAGAAUUAAUAAGAGGAAUACGCCUGCACUUCCACCAAAUGGUGAAGGGACUAACGGCUCAGGCGGCCUCCAAGGCCCAGCUGGGUUUAGGUCACAGCUACUCCAGAGCCAAGGUUAAGUUUAAUGUAAACCGAGUAGACAACAUGAUCAUCCAGUCUAUCGCUCUGUUGGAUCAGCUUGACAAGGACAUCAACACUUUCUCCAUGCGUGUCCGUGAAUGGUAUGGUUACCAUUUCCCCGAGCUGGUCAGAAUCGUGCCCGACAACUCGAUGUACUGCCGCCUGGCUCAGCUUAUUGGUAACAGGAAGGAGCUGACGGACGAGAGCGUGGAAAGCCUGGAGGAAAUAGUCAUGGACAACGCCAAGGCCCAGGCCAUCCUGGAUGCAUCCCGGUCCUCCAUGGGAAUGGACAUUUCCCCCAUCGACCUGAUCAAUAUUGAGAGGUUUUCCAAUCGUGUGGUGUCCCUGGCGGCCUAUCGACUGGAGCUGCAGGACUAUUUGCGCUCCAAGAUGAGCCAAGUGGCUCCAAACUUGGCUGCUUUGAUUGGAGAUGUGGUGGGGGCCCGUCUCAUCUCCCAUGCUGGCAGCCUGACCAACCUGGCCAAGUACCCUGCCUCCACCGUCCAGAUCCUGGGAGCAGAGAAGGCCCUGUUCAGAGCCUUGAAGACCCGAUCAAACACCCCCAAGUACGGUUUGAUCUUCCACUCGACCUUCAUCGGCCGUGCAGCCACCAAGAACAAAGGCCGCAUCUCCAGAUACCUGGCCAACAAAUGCACCAUCGCCUCACGCAUCGACUGUUUCUCUGAGUUGCCGUCCAGCGUGUACGGAGACAAACUGCGGGAGCAGGUGGAAGAGCGCCUGUCCUUCUACGAGACCGGAGAAGUUCCUCGCAAGAACAUUGACGUCAUGAAAGAAGCUGUCCAGCAGGCCGCCGAUGUUGCCGUGGAGAUGAAGCGCAAACUGAACAAGCAGGAGAAGAAGCGCAAGAAGCGUGAGAAGAAGCUGCAGGAGCUCAAAGAAGAGGAAGGGGAAGAUGGCAACGUGGAGGUGAACGGAGAUGUGGAGACGCCAGUUGCCAAGAAGAAGAAACAUGCGGCCGAGGCUGCAGAGAACGGAGCAGGUGACUCUUCAGCCAAGAAGAAAAAGAAGCAGAAGGUGAAGGAGGAAGAAGAAGAAGCCAUUGAGGACGCUGUUACUCCACUCAAGAAGAAGAAGCGAAAGUCAGAAGCAGCAGAAGAAGUUCUGGAAUCUCCGGUGUCAGCCAAAAAGAAGAAAAAGAAAAAUGCUGACUAAAAAAUGACUGAAUUAUGUACAGUUUUUGUUUUUCAUUUAUUGAAUUUAUUUUGUAAUGUACUAUACCUGAAAGUAGUUUAUGCUGUAUUGAUGACCCGUGCCUUGACCUUGAAUGACAUCCACUUGUGUAAAUAAACCUUCCAUCAAUAGAACUACAA